CUUUCCCAGUCUCUUCUCAGCUAGUGGCACGAUUGUUUCAAAGGUCUUGAAAGCCUUUGUGUACAUUGGAUCGAUAUAUUGAUUCUAUUUGAAUGCUUACUCAAUCGGCGAUCAGGCACUCUGAUCUGAGUCUGCGGUUCAGCUCAUCACCCAGUCAUUGCGCGAAGGCCUUGCAUUCAGGAUGGCUGUUCAGUGGCUUGUCGAUCUGUACACUACAAUAAAAGAACAUGGAGACCCUCGAACAGAAAACUUGCUGCUUGUCAAAGAGCCGUUAUACAUCAUUGGGCUGAUAGUUGCAUACCUGUUUAUCGUUAUCAAAGGGCCACAAUGGAUGGCUAAACGAGAAGGAUUUGAGUUGCGAAAAGCAUUAAUUGUAUACAAUUUCUUUCUUGUUGCACUUUCGGGAUGGAUGACGUAUGAGUUUUUUGUAACAACUGUCGUCAAUCCAGAAACAGAUGUUUGGUGUGAGCCUUUGAAUCCAGUGGAUACGUCUCACUUACGGCAAAGGCAAUUCUACGUUCUAUGGUGCUAUUUCUUUUCCAAAAUCAUCGAGUUUAUGGAUACUUUCUUCUUCAUCCUGAGAAAGAAAAAUCGUCAAAUAACAUUUUUGCAUGUGUACCAUCAUAGUACAAUUCUUCUACUAGAAUGGAUCUGCAUAAAAUAUGUCCCUGGAUCACAGUCUAGCCUACCUGCCAUGAUAAACUCCUUCAUCCAUGUACUAAUGUAUGCGUACUACAUGCUGUCUGCAUUUGGACCCAGGAUUCAGAAGUAUUUAUGGUGGAAACGAUACCUGACCAAGAUGCAAAUUAUUCAAUUCCUGGCUGUCUUUCUCCACACAUCAUAUGCUAUAAAGCUUGAAUGCGGUUUUCCGAAAGGAUUCCUAUGGCUUCUCUGGUCCUACAUGCUGUCGCUUUUUAUGCUGUUCUCUCAUUUCUAUAAACAAGCAUUUACUAGUAAAGCCAAAGAAAAGAAAGACGAUUAGAUGCUGCACAGAAGCAAAAUGGCGUAUGAUAAGUAACCCAUUGUCUGUAAGAUGGUUUUUGUAAUUCGUUAAAAGAUCUUGUUUUGUAUACGUCACAUUUUUUUGU